UUAGCUUCAUCUUCUUUAUCGUUGCUAUAAAUGUACGCGGCCAGAAAAAUAUUCCCGCUUUACACCAAGCCCUCCCUACAAUGGCUCCAAAACUACACCACCAGAUCAAAGAUACCCAUUUCCAACCCGACGAAAGGAGCAAAUGGGUCUGCUAUAUUAGCCACAAAUGUUAUCAAAUCCUUCUUUGGCCAGGGCUUGAUAGCUGACGCACGUGCUCUGUUCGACGAAAUGCCUGAAAGAGAUGUGAUUAUGUGGACGGCCAUGAUUGCCGGCUACACUUCGUGCAACCACUAUGUCCAAGGAUGGACUCUAUUCUGUGAGAUGGUGAAUAACGGGGAGAGCCCCAAUGCUUUUACUAUAUCUAAUGUCUUGAAGGCUUGUAAAUCCAUGCGGUGUCUUGCGCGUGGAGGUUUGGUUCAUGGGAUGGCUAUGAAGCUUGGGUUAGAGGGUUCGUUGUACGUUGACAAUGCGCUUAUGGACAUGUAUGCUACGUGUUGCGUUAGCAUGGAGGAUGCGUGCUCGGUUUUUCGUGAUAUGAAAGAGAAAACUAUGGUCACUUGGACUACUUUGAUCACAGGUUACACUCAUCGGGGCGAUGGCUAUGGUGGACUUCAAGUCUUCAGAGAAAUGUUACUGGAAGGAGCAGAGCUGAAUCCCCAUAGUUUUUCAAUUUCCAUUAGUGCUUGUGCUACUAUAGGCUCGUAUACUUUUGGUAGGCAAAUACACGCAGCUGUCAUUAAAAACGGGCUCGGUUCUAAUCUUCCUGUCAUGAAUUCUAUGCUAGACAUGUAUUGCAGGUGUGGUUUUUUAUCCGAAGCAAACGAAUACUUCCAUGAGAUGACUGAAAAAGAUCUUAUAACGUGGAAUACCUUAAUAGCUGGUUAUGGAAGACUUGAUUCUAAAGAGUCCUUGAAGCUAUUCUCACAAAUGGAAUCAGAGGGCUUCAGACCGAAUUGCUUCACAUUUACUAGUAUUAUUGCUGCCUGUGCGAAUUCAGCGGUUUUGAAUUGUGGGCAACAGGUUCAUGCAGGCAUUGUUCGAAGAGGCCUUCAAGGGAACCCGGUGUUGGCUAAUGCCCUAAUUGACAUGUAUGCCAAGUGCGGAAGCAUAGACGACUCACACAAAAUCUUUAGUGAAAUGUCUGAUAGAAAUUUGGUGUCAUGGACUUCUAUGAUGAUUGGUUAUGGGGCACAUGGUUGUGGGAAAGAAGCAGUUAAAUUGUUUGAUGAGAUGGUCCUGUCCGGAAUUAGACCCGACAGGAUAGUGUUUAUGGCAGUUCUUAGUGCUUGCAGCCAUGCUGGACUAAUAGAUGAAGGCUUGAGGUGUUUCGAAUCAAUGAGUACUUACAACGUCAAACCGGAUCAGGAGAUUUACGGGUGUGUUGUCGAUUUGCUAGGCCGUGGUGGGAGAGUUGAGGAGGCUUAUGAACUAAUCAAGAGCAUGCCAUUUAAGCCUAAUGAAUCGGUUUGGGGUGCACUUCUGGGUGCUUGCAAGGCACAUAAGCUCACAAAGAUGGGAAAACUAGCAGCAUUGAAGGUAUUGGAUUUGAGGCCAAAUAAAGUGGGGGCAUACGUGAUCUUGUCAAAUAUCUAUGCUGCCGAGGGUAAGUGGGGGGAAUUCGCAAGAACGAGGAAGUUGAUGAGAAGAACCGGGAGUAGAAAAGAGGCAGGAAGGAGUUGGAUUCAGGUAAGAAAUCAGGUUUACAGCUUUGUUGUUGGUGAUAAGGUUGAUUCUCACACCGAGUGUUCGCAUGGGGUCGUAGAGUUGCUUAUUCUACAUAUGAAAGAAGCAGGAUAUAUGCCCGAUUUACAUUGUUUGAUACAUGAUCUCGAAGAUGGGACGUGAAGAGCAGAGAAACCGAAGAAGCUGAAGUGAAUUUCUGAAUAUGAUCAAAUGUUGCUGCGGAUUUGCCUUCCUUAACCCCCGACGAAAUGAAUUGGAGGAUGUUGCACACUUAAGAUUGCUCGAACUCACAGCCAUCAAGUUGUUUCAACAGCAGCUUUGUCAACCGAGCUAAGACUCAACCGGAAGGAAAAUAUAUGCCAGCUUUAGAUUGUUUUAUACAUGAUCUUGAAGAGGUGAAGCUCAAGAAACUGAGGUGAAUCAAUUAAGAUAUGAUCCAAUGGGGUUGUUUGUGGGCAGAAUUGGAACUUACAAGGUUAGAAAAUAGAAAAUAUUUUGUUCAUUGAGAGGGAUGGAUUCUUUGUCUUUCUGUGCUGGAGAGGAGGAAGAAAACGA